AUGAAUAGGUCAGCACACCCACCACCAGCACCUGUUCAGCAUGCUCCACCACCCAUGGCAGUGCAGGCACAACCCCAGCAGCCUUCCAUGUUCAAGCAAAUGGCCGCCACUGCUGGAGGAGUAGCUGUUGGAUCUGCUGUGGGCCAUGUGGUUGGACACGCCCUCACAGGGGCAUUCUCUGGGGGUGGUUCCAGUCCUGCCGCCACCCCCACUCAAGUGGCUCCACCUACUCCCGUGUCUAGUUCCUCGGUUUCUCCGCAAGAUGGCCUAAUGAGCAGCCCGUGUGCUGCCGAAAUCCGAAAUUUUCUGGAGUGCGCCCAGAACCAGUCGGACUUGACACUCUGUAGCGGGUUCAACGAAGUUCUAAAGCAGUGCAAAAUGAGCAACACUGGAGAGACAGUAGAUGGAGCCACAAGCGGAUAUGAUCUGAAUGCUCACGGGCAGAACCUCAGUGCGCAGUGGAAUAAUGCUGAAAAUGUUGAAGGUCAUGUUCUGGCAGCUAAUGGCGGAUAUUUCCAGACAGAUCAGCGAAAUCUCUCCAACAACGCGGUGGAACCGGAAAGACAUCCUUGCCCUCCGAAUCCAACCCCGGAUUCAGCUGCUCCAGAAUUCAGCACGAAGCCCAGUUCGGGCACCGACAACCCCGACGACACUGCGCACCCGGAGCCCGGUCAGAACUGCAGUCAGGGCACUCUGAACCCUGAUGGCGAAUUCCAGGGCGAAGCUGAUGCCAUUCCUGCACACCAAACACCACCGGUUCCAGCACCACCUGUGCCUCAGCAAGGUGCUCCAGCAGCAGCAGCAGUGAGUGUGCUCCAGGAAGAAGCUGCUGCUGCUUUCCAGCGCCUGCGCAGGGAAAAGGAGAAGGAGCUGAGCAACAUACAAUCAGAGUACAUGAAGAGGCUGCGGGAAGCUGAGAGGGACUUUGCCAAAAUCAACCAACUCCGCGAAGAAGAGUACAAUUCGGCGAUUGCAGAAACUUCCAAGCUGUUUCUAGACCCGCCGAAAAUGGUCUGCGAAGAACUAAGGAAUGCUGUCCAGCAAUGCUACUCGGACUCUAGCAGUGCUCCUUUGAAUUGUUUCAAAAUUGUCCAAGACUUUUUCAGCUGUGUGUCUGUGGAACGUGGUCUCGUUGUUCGUGGCCGACAAUGAAAAAAUAUAUUUUUUUUCUGUCCAUUUGAA